AUGUAUAAAACUCAUUUGGAUAUAUCUAUCGAUUCAACAAGUUCAACAACAGUGAACACAACUUCAAUGAAUCCAAUGUCUACAACAACAACAACAACAAAAGUUCGUUUUAUUCCAAAUUUAUGUAAUGGUCAUUUAUUGUCAUCAAUAUCAUCAAUGAAAACCAAUUCUUCUAAUCUCUACGAUGCACCAUCUUCAUCAGCAUCCUCAACGGGGGAUUAUUCAACAUCAUCUGAAAUUAGUAAUGUAUCUCAUGCUUUGAAAAAUUUUACUAUUGGUGAUCGAGUUUUUUUAAAUAAAUCAAAACAACAUGGUACUAUUGCUUAUAUUGGUCCAACACAUUUUUCCUCUGAUGAUCUUGUCGGUGUUGUGUUGGAUUCCAGCUCUGGGAAACAUGAUGGCAGCAUAAAUGGAAUAAGAUAUUUUCAGUGUCCAGCCAAACGUGGAUUAUUUUGUCCAAUCACUGACUUAUUUCCUAUAGAUCAAAAAAAUAUUAUUUCCAAAACAAGAAUUAAAUCUAAUAAUGAUUAUGAAUUGCUCCGAAAUUUGAAAUGUCGUAUCUCUGACAAACGGGUAUCAUCCAGUUCGGUGUGUAAUCAUUUUGAUCGAUAUGACCGUAAACGUCAUUCUUUUAGACUUCCUAAAACAACAACGGAUGAUGUGUAUGCACCAGAAACUGGAAAGUUUCAAAGAUCCUUGUCUGAAAGAGUCAAAUCUACUGGAAAACUAUGGAAAGAUUCUGAAUUCAGUGAAUGCAGUCGAAUUAUUGAGCCUUAUGAUAUACAAAAGGAAAUGAAAAUUCAUCGAUGUAAUACCCUACCAGGAAAUUCAAAUUCCCAUUUAAACAAUACAUCACCAGCUAAUUUAAACUUUAUUCGAGCUGGUAGUCUUUCAAGAAUAAAACAAAAUCAUGAAUUAAAGAAAAGUAACACCAUUUCUGAAAUGACUUCAAUUUCUGCAUCGAGAUUAUAUGAUCAACGUCGAACUAAUAAUGGUUUAAAUAAUAAUAAAUUCAAAUUGUUUAACUCAAUAUAUGCACCGAAUCAAUCUUUAUUUAAUGUACAAUUUAGAAAUUCGUUAAGAUUAAUUAAAUUGAAAAAUAAAUUAAAUAAAUAUUCCACUGGACAAUUACCAAUUAAUUUUAAUGAUAAAGAUUGUAUUAAUAUGACAAAUAAUUUAUCAUUUUAUUCACAAACCAAUCAAUUUUCUAAUGAAAAUGAAUUAUUUCUUAUGAAUAAUGUAAUUAAUUGUGCACAAGAAAGAUUGAGUGAUUUACAAAAUCAAGUUUUACAAUAUCAUUCAGCGAAUGUAAAAUUAUCAAAACAAUUAACAUUUGUUAAAAUACGUCAGCAAGACAUUUUGUGUAAACUUGGUGAAAGACAAAAGGAUGAUGUAUUUGAAUCACAGCAAACAAAUCGAUUGCAAAAGCAACGAAUUCACAAUAUUAAACAAAAACUUUUUCAAGAAUAUGAAAAACUACAAAAUUUGGCACACGAUUUUCAUUCAUUGAAAAUUACUAAUGUAAAUAUCAUUUCAAAUAUUGCAAAUAAUAAUAACCAGAGUAACAGUUAUCAAACUACUCUGAACAAUUGUUAUCAGAAGAAAGAUAGUGUUGUCUUAGCAACUGUUCAUUCAUUGGAAGAAAGUAAUAACAAUACCAAAAACCCUGAUCAUAAUCACGUCCAUGGUAAAGAGAAAACAUGCAAUAACAACAGUGAUAAUCUUGAAAGUCAACUGGACAAUACUGUCAAUGUACAGGAAAUCAUAGAACUUAGAAAACAAAAACUUCUCAUUUGUGAAGCUUAUCAAUGUCAUUAUCAAAAUAUAUUUAAGAAAUUGACAAUUUAUCAACAAUUACUCAAUGACCAAAUAUGUGAAAUGCGCGAGUGUGAUAUCACUGAAGACACGUAUUCAUCUUCCCGACCAAUCAAAUCAGUUGUUCUAUCUAAUUUCGAUGACAAUACUCAUAGUUUGCAUUCAUUCAACUCAGAGUAUGACACAAAGAAAUCAUUGAAAUUUCAUAAAUCAAUUUGUAAAGAACAUGAAAUCUUAUUGAAAGAAGCUAAAAAUCAAAAUUAUAAACUUUCAAUGGAACUCAGUGUUCUUAAUGCAGAGUUAAGACAUUUGAUUAGUCGACCAGAAAGACAAUUAUUUAACUAUCUGAAACAGUUAGAAUCAUCUAAAGCUACCAAUGAUAACUUGCAUCGUACAACUCAAAAUUUAGAAGAACAAAUUGCUAGAAAUCAUAAAGAAUUAGAAGAUGCUAAAAAUAAACUCAAUAAAGAAGGUGGCAUGCACUUGACGCUCAUGCGUAUGAAUCUUCGAAUUCAUCAAUUAAAACAAAUGCAAAUUAAAGUUCACAGUCUGCAAAAUGAUCAAUGUAUAAGUAUAAAAACAAAAGAGAAGGAAUUAACGGAAGCAAUAAAUAAAAUGAAUUUAUUGUCAGAAUCCUGGGCAAAUGAAAGGCAAGCCAAGAUUGAGACGAUUCAAAAGUUACGAGAAAAUCUUAAACUUCUAUCAGAUGAAUCAUCCAAAGUUUGCAUAACGAAUAAAACAAUUCAAACUCAACAUGCUGACAGAACAAACAAUAAUAGUGUACAGAUAUCAGACACACACGAACCUCUCCUACCCUACUCAUUGUUCAGUGCUUUAUGCAAAGAGAUACGCCGUUUACAGUCUCGUUCUGUCACUCUUGUUGAAGCAUUAGACUUAUUGAGCACAGGAAGUUACAAUGCAGAAAAACUUGAACAAAUCAAAAAUUUAGUAUUUUCUUUAAACCAAACAAAAAACACAUAUACCACAAACUGGAAGAAUACGUCUCUGAAUAAUGUUGGCACUAACAUCAGAAGGAAUAUGGAUACAAGAUCAUUUAACACAGUUCGAUCUAUUAAGUUACGUAACAGUGAGACUGUAUCAGCGAACGCUCAUUCACCUAAAAGGUAUUCAGGUGUUCCCGCAGCUUCUCCUCACAGUAAACAUAUAACAAUCAGUGAUAAUCGUAGACAAAGAACUUCAUCAUGUAAGAAUUCUUCUGAUGGAAAUUUGAAAAAUUUGUCAAUACAAGAGUCCACUAAUGAAAAAACAGUCUAUCCUAACCCACCCACUGGUUUACAAAUAGAAAAAUCGGUCUCACCACUACAACAGCAACAUAAACAACGACAAGAUCCAGUUCAAGAAGAAAAGGAACAAUUUAUACAGCAGCAACAGCUAUAUUAUCACUAUAGUUUACCGAUUUCUUUCAGUCCACGUGUACAGCGCCGUCCUGUCUCAUUUUAUUUAAGUCGAAGUGUAGAUAAAUUUAUAAAUUCGCCAAUUCCAGAAGCUGAUGAAGAACAAACUGAUGAUGACGAAGAUAGCGUAGGUGAGGGGGAGGACGAAGAUGAAGAGGAGAACGAGAAGAGGAACGAAAACGUGAAAAAAGAACAAGACAACUAUAAAACGCACUAUGAUGAUCAUAUUGGAUCCUAUAACAAUGAAAUGGUUGGGGUGGAAAUAUCCAAAGAAAUGAAUACGGUAUUAAUCAGCAACCCGUCUUAA